GGAAAGUUUGUAAGAGAGAGAGACUAGAAGCUUCCACAGUUUUCUUUGCUUUUCCUCCUUCCCCCCAAAUUUGGGUAUUUUCUGUAAACAAAAUUAGGGUUUCAGUUUUUGUCUUCCCCAGGUUCAAGAAUUCUUAGGACUUUUAAAUCUAAAAACGCACAUUUGAUCUACAUUUUUCUUACCGAAUUCCACUCAACUCAUCCUCGUAUAUAAGCGGAGCGAACGAAGCUUCGAUUUGAGUUAAGCAUGGCGGAGCACUUGGCUUCAAUUUUUGGGACGGAGAAAGACCGCGUUAACUGUCCAUUUUAUUUUAAGAUCGGAGCAUGUCGCCACGGAGAUCGUUGCUCUCGCCUUCAUAACCGCCCCACAAUAUCUCCAACCCUCCUCUUAUCUAACAUGUAUCAGCGUCCCGACAUGAUUACCCCUGGCGUCGAUGCCCAGGGCCAGCCCAUCGACCCUCGAAAUAUCCAGCAACAUUUCGAGGACUUUUACGACGAUAUUUUCGAGGAACUCGGCAAAUUCGGUGAGAUCGAGACCCUCAACGUUUGUGAUAAUCUCGCUGACCACAUGAUUGGCAAUGUUUAUGUUCAGUUCAGGGAGGAAGACCAGGCUGCCGCUGCUUUGCAGGCUUUACAAGGUCGAUUCUACUCCGGCAGACCAAUCAUUGCUGAUUUUUCUCCUGUCACUGAUUUUCGUGAAGCAACUUGUAGGCAGUAUGAGGAGGAUAAUUGUAACCGUGGUGGUUAUUGUAAUUUUAUGCAUGUGAAACUGAUCGGAAGAGAUUUAAGAAGGAAGCUGUUUGGAAGGUAUCAGGGAUAUAGAGCUAGCCGGAGCAGGAGCCGGAGCCGGAGUGUGAGUCCUUCAAGGCACAGAAGGGAUAGGGAUUAUCGUGAUAAGCGUGAGAGAGAUUAUAGGGACAGAGACCGCGGGAAUGGACGUAGGAGUGGCGAAAGACAUGAUAGAGAUAGUGGUAGAAGAAGAUAUGGUAGUCCCAGGAGCAGAAGCCCUGUCAGGGAAGGUAGCGAAGAACGCAGAGCCCGGAUUGCACAGUGGAACAGAGAGAGGGAUGAGAAACAAUGAGGAAGAGACCAUUUUCCGCUUUUGUUACUAUUUGGUCUGGGAGUAGGCAUGUCUUUUGGCUUAUUUCUUAUUGGUAAUGUUUCUAGGCUCAGUUCAGUUGUAUGGUUUAUGCUCUUUGAAACUCUUUGGAUAUUUGAAUCCCUGUGGCAUUCAUUCCGAAGUCUGAAACUUUUCUUUUGACUGUUAA